AUGAAUGACUAUAUGGAUUAUAUUAAAGGAAUCAAAAUUUAUAUUGAUGAUUCUGCCAAUAAAAUACAAGACAGAGUUGCUGAAAUAGUGAGAAUUGAUGAUAUUAAAGAUUUAAACAAAAUGUAAACUAAAAAAUAUCGAAAUCGCAAUAAUAAUAAAUAACCUUCACUUGUAACUUCAGGAGAGGUAUCAUAAGCUGAAAUUGAAUUACAAAAAUUAUAAUAAUAAAAUCAUCAACUCUAUGAGAAAAUGAAAGAAUUAGAAGAAUAGAGGACGAAUCUUAAAUUUUAAUUAGGAAAAUAUCGAUAAAUGAUUGCUGAUAAACGAAAAUUGUUAAAUAAAGAAUGUAGAGAUGGAUUCUAAUUACUCACUUAAACUAGAAGACCUAGAAUCAUGAGUGAGAAAAAGAGUAAGUCUCCUUAACUAUUUCUCACUUCCACUUCUACUAUGUCAUAAAAGAAACUUACAUAAGUACACAUUCUAUUAAGAGAUGUAAUGAAAGUUGAAAGAUAACCUCCCUUUAUAAGAAGUAACAGGAGAUACACAUUUGAUUAAUUUAUGCAAUUAAACAAAACAGAAUAUUUUAGCUACAUACACAAUCAUUUACCAAAAAUUAAAUAAUACUUUCUUGAAUUCUCAUUCAAAAGAACAAAACAAUUUAAAACUCUGUGA